AUCUAUUAUCUAUAUCUAUUUCUCUCACAUGCAUACGCAAACAUUAAUGGAGGAAGGAAACCCUGCUUCGCCGGUUGCUCUUAUUGUUGGGGUCACCGGCAUGGUGGGUAUUGCCUUAACAGAAGCCUUAAACAAGCCAACGGCAUUAGGUGGUCCGUGGACAGUCUAUGGUGUAUCACGGCGGUCAUUACCACCGUGGUUCCCAUCCUCUCUUCUUAACAAUUACCUCAUUCUGGACACCCUAAACCAAGAAGAAACACAAAAACUCCUUUCUCCACUUUCCUCCAAAGUCACUCAUCUCUUUUGGGUUGCUAUAAGCGUUAAUGAAAGUGAAGAAGUUAACAUUUCCCUUAACUCUACUAUGCUUUCCAAUGUCCUUAACACGUUAACUUCCUCUCAAGACUCAAAACUCAGGCAUGUGACAUUGCAAACAGGAACAAAACAAUAUAUGGGUCCUGUUUUUGACCCAUCCCUUUCAGCUAAACUAGUUCCUCAUGAUCCACCAUUUAGAGAAGAUUACCCUAGAAUACCAUUUCCAAACUUCUACUAUGCUUUGGAAGACAUUGUAGCUUCCUACCCAAAAUCCUUUACCUACUCCAUACAUCGAUCAUCCAUAAUCAUCGGUGCAUCAUCAAGAAGUUUCUUUAAUGAACUUCUCACGCUUUCAGUCUAUGCACUAAUAUGUAUUUUGGCAAUAAGUACUGCUGGGAACACUUUUGGGAUGGGACUAUGGAGAGUGCUUUGUGAUGCGUUUGAUGUUGAGUUUGUGCCAUUUGAUGAGAACGAGAAGUUUGAUUUUGUUGAUUACAUGAAGGAUAAAGAAGAAGUUUGGGACAGAAUUGUUGAAGAAAAUGGAUUGUACAAGACAAAGCUGAAGGAGAUAACUUGCGUCGAUGCAUCUAAUGCAAUUUUAAAGUUCGAGUUUCAACAUGUUUGUAGCAUGAACAAGAGUAGAGAAUUUGGGUUUCUUGGGUUUGAAAAUACACUUGCUAGCAUCGUGGUAUGGGUUGAGAGGUUGAAGCAAAUGAAUAUUCUUCCAUAG